AUGGUAAAGAGCGAAAUCUCUUUCGUUAUUGCCUUCCAUGUUUAUAUAUUUGUGCUGCUACCUGCAAUUUCUACUGUCAACUUUUCCAUUAAUGGAGGACAAGUUGAAAUCAAGAGCUCUGAUUUUCCUGAUGGGUUUCUCUUUGGAGCUGCUACUUCUGCUUAUCAAAUUGAAGGAGGAUUUAUGGAAGAUGGUAAGAGUCUAAGCAACUGGGAUGUUUUCUGCCGGCGUCAAGGUAGCAUUGCAGAUGGGACCAAUGGUGAUAUAGCUGAUGAUCAUUACCAUCGCUACAUGGAAGAUAUUGAUAUAAUGCAUUCACUUGGUUUGACAGCUUACCGAUUUUCGAUCUCAUGGAGUAGAAUUCUUCCUAGAGGAAGAUUUGGUGGGGUUAACUUGGUUGGUAUUGCCUUCUACAACAAGAUUAUCGAUAAACUCCUACUUAAGGGUAUCGAGCCUUUUGUGACGAUUUUCCAUAAUGAGUAUCCUCAAGAACUUGAAGACAGACUAGGAGGCUGGCUCAGUCCUCUAAUGCAGGAAGAAUUUGUUCAUUUUGCCAAAACCUGUUUUGAAUACUUUUCCGAUCGGGUCACAUAUUGGAUCACGAUCAACGAGCCCAACUUAUUCUCGGAAAAUUCAUACGAGAGGGCCACGUACCCACCCGCUCGUUGUUCGCCUCCUUUUGGUGACUGCCCAUAUGGGAAUUCGGAUGUGGAGCCUCUGAUUGUGGUGCACAAUUUGUUACUGGGGCAUGCAAAAGCUGCUAAGCUGUAUCGUGAGCAAUAUAAGCACAAACUAAAUGGUGUAAUGAGCAUCUCUGUCUGUGCAUUUAUGUAUGUACCUAUGAGAGAUGAGGAGGCCGAUAAGGAAGCUGCUAACAGGGCCUUGGCUUUUAAUGUUGCUUGGACGCUCGAUCCACUUGUAUUUGGGGAUUACCCUCCGGAAAUGAAGCAUUACCACGGAAGUGAACUGCCGAGUUUUUCUUCAGAGGAGAAAGAGCUUUUAAGGGAUAGCAUAGACUUUAUCGGGAUAAAUCAUUAUGGCACACUCUAUGCAAAGGAUUGCAUACGCUCAAGUUGCGUUUGCAAUGAUUCUAGCUGCACCCAAGGUGGGGACCGUCUCAUCCGUGGCUUUGUGUACACUACCGGAGAACGUGAUGGUGUUCCUAUCGGGGAACGAACGGGAAUGCCUCGGUUUUUUGUUGUUCCAAGAGGCAUGGAAGAUAUUGUUGCCUAUGUUAAGGAGAGAUACCAGAACAAGCCGAUGAUUAUCACGGAAAAUGGGUAUUCUUCCCCAAGUAAUGAGGAUUACAUCUACCAGCACGACGUGAAAAGAAUUAAUUAUCAUCAGUCAUAUCUUCAAUAUCUCGCUCGUGCCAUAAGGAAAGGCGCUGAUGUGCGUGGCUAUUUGAUAUGGAGCUUGAUGGACAAUUUUGAGUGGUCGAGUGGGUAUGACAUCAAGUUCGGUUUAUAUCAUGUGGAUCUUCAUACGCUAAAGAGGAGCCCAAAAAUGUCGGCCGCUUGGUAUACACAUUUCUUGAGCAAUGCCACUACAGCUUCAGUUAAAGUAAGCCAUGUAUCUGAAAUUCAAUUCCUGUGA